GAUUUGGUUAUGAACAUGGCUGCCCCCAUGGACAGCAUUGUUUUGCCGUGCGAUGACUUUCUUGGAUUUCAGGAUGCAUUGAAAAAGAUGAGACUUCUUGAUGACCGGAUUGUAAAUGCAUUAAACACCACAGUUCCAACACAGUCAUUUGCAAGUCAGGUUGAUUCCACCAAGGCAUGCAAACAGUUCUAUGAGGAUAUGGAAGAAGCUUAUAAACAGAGGGAGGUUGCCAUAAAAAAAUGCAUCUCUGUAGCAUCAGAGGAUGUAAACAAAUUGCGGACGCUCAAAAUGAAUAACCCAGAUGAUGGUGAUAUCUUAAAGAAGCUGAGGAAGAAUCAAACAAAGCUUCGCCUUAUCCAGCAGGAGCUGAAUGUUGAGGAAGUUUUAAAGGAUAGGGCAUUGAAAGUAUUCUAUGAGAGAUGUCGCGAUGCUUAUAGGCCACCAAGUGCACCUCUUAUUUGAUGAAGGGUGCAGAACCUUUUUUUUUUUUUCUCAGUCCUGGAUAUCUCUUAAGAACACAAGGAAUCAAGUGUAUUUGAGCGUGUGCUUGUCAUUAGCAAUGAACGUGUGGACAAUAACUCAUUUUUCUAGUUGUUUACAUGCAAGUUUGUGACCAUGUACACAUAGAUUUUUGAAAUGCUGAUUGUUAAACUUAAAAUCUUGCUUAUACCAAUUUUUUCUGAAAAUCUAAUUUUGGUUAUAUUAUAUAGCUAGGAAAAUAUAAUGAAAAGAAUAUAAAGUUUUAUAAAUGUA